GACUGUCACAGCUGGAGACAGCCUGUCACCAACAAAGUCCCACUCACCUUACCUAUUCCUCUAACAUUGUUCUCCUUUUUUUCCUUCUCUCUUCCUCUCUCUCUCAAUCUCUCAGCCUCUCUCUUCACUCUUUCUCUCUCCCUUAGGGUUUCUGACAUUGCUUUUCGAUUCUGCGAUUCUCCGCUGGAGCUCGCCGGAUCAAGAUUCUCCACUUUGUCUUUGGGCUGGAUUACUAACGACAUAUCCAAAACCUAAGUAUUGUUAAAGUGAUCUGCGGACUUGAACCAUUUUGGAUUUGGUUGAUUUGCUUGUUGAUAUGGCUUUGUUGCAUAUGUUGGAAAACUGAAGCAAGUUGCCAAGUGAUUGCUUUUGGGGAUGAUGCUAAUUGAUAUCUUUUGAAUUUUAUAUUUGAAACUACUGUUAUCAUCAUUAAUCCUGGAAAGGAAGCACAUUCAUUCCCUGAGGACCUUUUGUAUCCAUGCUGGCAGAGAGCAUGCAUGCAAUCUGUGCUUUGGGUAAUGCCCCUGAAGAGAUUUGUUACCGAUGCUUUUGGCGUGGCAACAAUUUGUCUUGUUGCAAUCUUGAUUUUUCUGGGUUUGCUGUGCAUUGCUUAUUUGUUUUACUUCCGCUCUCAAGUUCGUAGUCAAGGUUUUAUACAACUUAGUUAUUUUAGUGGCCCUUGGAUAAUCCGAAUCACAUUCAUUUUGUUUGCAAUCUGGUGGGGUUGUGGUGAGAUUAUUCGGUUAAGUUAUUUAAGACGUGAGGGAAAAGUUUUGAAUGCACUUGACUUAAAAUGGCAGCAGAACGUCUGCAAAGGCUAUGUUGUCUCAAAUCUAGGGUUUGCAGAACCUUGCCUCUUCCUGACCCUUGUGUUUCUCCUCCGUGCACCAUUACAGAGAUUGGAGUCCGGAAUUCUAAGCCAAAAAUGGAAUGGAAAAACAGCCACCUAUGUAUUUCUCUACUGCUUCCCAGUUUUCAUUCUUCAGCUCUUCAUUAUUCUAAUCGGACCCAGGUUACAGAAGGAUAAGAAUAACUUACAAAACUUGCCCCGUUAUUUCACAAGUACUUCUGCUACUAAUGUGAAUAUUGCUCUGUGUACUUACCCUUUACUCAGCACUAUUCUUCUAGGGCUUUUUGCUACUGUCCUAACUGUCUACUUGUUUUGGCUUGGAAGGCGUAUACUGCAAUUGGUUAUCAAUAAGGGUUUGCAAAAACGGGUUUAUGCAUUGAUAGUCUCAGUUUCCAGUUUCCUUCCAUUAAGGGUUCUUUUACUUGGUUUAUCUGUUUUAUCAAAGCCCGAAGAUGUUCUUUUUGAAGUUCUUGCAUUCUUAUCUUUUCUUGCCCUUUUAUUUUGUGCUGGGGUGUGUAUUUUUAUGCUUGUAUACUGCCCAGUUGCUGAUUCUUUGGCUCUGGGGAAUCUUCUGCACUUGGAGGCUAGGAGAAGAUUUAUUGAUGAACAUAAUGACAUCAUUUCUCUUGUUGCUAAUCAGUGCCGCUCUGAUGAAAGUGUUGAAAUUAGCCUUGGGAGGAACUCUGACACCUCGACCAAGCGGGGAUCUAUGUCUUUUGGAAUGCUGGGACGAGAUGGGACUUCCAGUGGCUCCUACGUGGAACUGAGCCUCUUCUCUCCCAGCCACAAUGCAACACCACCAGAAUCACCCUCGCGACUGGGCUGGCCUAUGCGCCAUCCAGUACAGGGAGGGCAUUGGGUUGAGGAGACAAAAGUGAGGAGAUGUAAAGGCUGUGGAUGGGGCAGUUGUUGCAGGUGGUGGGGAGUGUUGUGGCGAAAGGGUUGGGACGAUGGUGAUGGCAGGAAGGGUGGAUUUUGAGUUGAGUUGAGUUUUUAAAGAUCGAAUUUGAUUUAGCUGAAAAGACUUUUGCUCGAACUUAGGUUUAAUUUUCAAGAGUUUGUCUAAAACUACUCUGAGGUUGAUUCAAUUUGAGUAAGUGUUAAGUUUGAAUUCAACUCAAGUUUGAUUGUAAUAUUGACUUCAGUUUGAGUUUUGCUUGGUUUGGAAUUAUUGUUGAGUUAAAAUUGACGAAAAUAAUGUUGGUUUAAUGAUAUCAUUUUAGAUGAUUUA